AUGGAUUCAUCAGUACCAGAUGAGGGGAAGCUAUUUGUAGGAGGAAUUGCAUGGGACACUCAGGAGGCCGCACUUAGGGAUUACUUCAAUCAGUUCGGAGAAGUGACCCGCGCUGUUGAAGUUAAAAGGGCUUUAUCAAAAGAAAGACAGCAAAGCUCAGGAUCUGGAGAUUAUAAUGUUAACGGUAGCAACAGUGUUGGUAGGCAGGAUUAUAUCAGGACGAAAAAGAUAUUUGUUGGUGGAUUGCCUCCCUCCUUGACAAAAGAUGAAUUUAUGGAGUAUUUCUUGAGUUUCGGAGAAAUUACUGAUGCUAUAAUUAUGUAUGACCGAGCUACUGGACGGUCACGUGGUUUUGGCUUCAUCACCUUUGAUUCUGAAGAUGCUGUUGAUAGAGUUCUGAACAGGAAUUUUCAUGAAUUGAAUAGUAAGAACGUUGAGGUUAAGAGGGCUCUUCCAAAAGAAGUUAGCUCUGGUCUCGGCACUCGUGGUAGAUCUUCCAAUUCUUUUGGUUCUUAUAGCACCAGCACCAAUGCAUUUAAUGCACAGAUGGAGAGCAGAGGGUUUUUGCCGCUACAACCUGCUACCGGUGGUUAUCCUUCAUAUCCACCCUUUGGAUCCCUUAGUUAUGGUUUUCCCCUUGCAAACAGUGUUUCAAUAUAUGGUGGUCCAGGUGCUUAUGCUACCAAUGAUGGCUCAGCUUUAGGUUUUGGUGAACAAUCUGCCAACAGCACUGGUUAUGUGAGCAAUGCUGGUCUUCUGAAAACCCCCUGGGCUAGCCAACCUCAAGCUUAUGGUGCCUUGGGUUAUGGCCUGAAUCCAAAUUAUGGUGUCAGUUUUCCUUGGAGCAACCCAUUCAUUAAUGCUACAGUGAGCCAAUUUCCAAGAGGUAGUAUGCCUAUAGUUGGAAGUAGUAUCUCUGAUGGUAGUGAAGGCUCUUACGCCGAUUCCGGUAGAAGUCGAACCAUUAACAAGAACAGAAGGGGUAGUGUAAAGAGCAAUGGUAGUCACAAUGCUAAUGAAGUAGUGCAUCAUCAGGGAGGUGGAGACGGCACCAAGGAAAGGCUUUAUAACAACAGUAACAGUUCUUGA